UAUCAACACGAAAUAACUUUUACGUUUACGUUUCAGUCAGCCAUUAUAAACGAGUUUAUGUUUAUAUGAUUGGUAAAUGUGUUUUACCUAAUUGGUACGCUCCAAAAUCAGAAACUCUGUCUCCCAGGAUGCACCACGCUAAGGUUGCUUCCCAAAAUUCCGUCCGGGUAAACGCGUAAGAAAUGGAAAGGAAUGUUUAGCAACGUCUACAUUAAGACUUUCAAGUGCUUAAUGUUAACUAGCUGUUAUACAGAAUCAGAUUUAACGAUGGCCCACUUGGAAUAGCCGGAGGAUUUCGCUCUACAUGUGACCAGUUAUAUUUUUAAAAAAUUGUUUAGAGUUUAUAUGCUUAUUUUGCUUCAUAGCAAGCUAACCGCUGACAAAAAUUAGCCAUACAUGGUAAGAGAAGAAACGAAGGGCUAGCUUUAGAGAUGGCAUCAGUGAAUACAGUGGACUGUGAUCCAGUAACGCUACUCGGGAUCAACGUUGUAGUAAAGAAUGAAGAAGGAGAGAUGGUGGAUUAUUCAGGUGAUCCCAUAGGGUUAUCCUGGGGUGUGAAGGAGGAACCAGAAGAGGUACCGUGUCACUUGGAAGAACACAGUGUCAGUAUAAACCAGGCUAAAGACCCUUCAGAAUCUCUGCAGGAGAACCAGCAGUGUCAUCAGUCCACCAAAACCAACUAUCCAUGCAUAGCCUGUGGGAAGCAUUUCUACAACUCUUCAACCCUGCGCAGACACAUACGCACUCACACAGGUGAGAGGCCGUAUGGCUGCUCUGAAUGUGGUCGGCGCUUCAGCCACUCUGGCAACUUGCGGAGUCACCAGGUUAUCCACACCGGGGAAAGACCCUACCACUGUCUGGUCUGUGGAAAAAGCUUUAGUCAGCCAGGAGGCCUGGCCAAACACAAGAGAACACACACUGGAGAGAAGCCUUUCCACUGCACUUUCACAGAGUGCGGAAAGAGUUUCUCCAAGCUGGAGCACUUACAGAUUCACCAUAGAACUCACACAGGAGAGAAGCCUUACCCAUGCUCUUUCCCUGACUGUGGAAGGAGAUUCUCCAACUCUGGCCAGUUGAUCCAACACAUGCGUUCUCACACAGGAGAGAGGCCGUAUAAGUGCUUGGUGUGUCUGAAGACCUUUUCCCACCCAAGUGCUCUUAAAGAUCAUCAGAGGAUUCACUCUGGAGAGAGACCAUAUGUCUGCUCUGUCUCCACCUGUGGCAAGAAGUUUAUUAACUCUGGGGCUCUGAGGAAACACAGCCAGACCCACACAGGGGAGAAACCUCACCACUGCUCUGAAUGUGGGAGGGGGUUCUCCCAGCUAGCUCACCUCCAGGCUCAUCAGAGGACUCACACAGGAGAGAGGCCCUAUCACUGCACCAUCUGUGGGAAGAGCUUCACUCAACAAGGACACCUUGACAGGCAUAGACACAUCCAUGCAGCAGUGGACACAAACACAGUCAUCCAUGAGGAUCACUUAUCACCUAGCAUCAGUCCAAAUCAGUACACCAAACCUAUUGAUGACUCAUCUGAGGUCUCUGAAGAAGAAGAAACUGCUGCAGAACUACCUAUCAAUGACUCACUUGAGGACUUGGAUGAAGUCACUGUGUCUCUACUACCUGUAGAUGAGAAAUAAUAAGUGCUCCUAACUGAUCCAGAACUAGUUUUCCCAGCUUGAGAAUGUAGUCACUGUUUGGAUAGAGGUGUUAUAUUUUUAGCGUAUUGCAACAUCUUAACCACCGAGAUCUCACACUGAAACUGCACAAAUUAGUUUUUGUAGUUUUCUAUUUUGUGUCCUCUCAAACAGAGCUUUUCAUCCAACCUGUCUGUUAUCUUCAUGCAUAUUCCUCAUUUGGAUUAAUGUGUGCGUAUUCCCCAUAACAGUGUGAAGGCCAUGGAUGGACACAGUAAAACAAUGAUCAUGCAUGUGGAAAGUCCAACAAUGCAAACAAAUGAUUUACUUAGAAGACAUAACAAUAGUGUGUAAGAACUCACAGAUGACCUGUUGCUCACCUGAACCUAAUUUAAAAUGGUAUAUAAUUGGUGGGAAUUUGCCUGAGGCAGGGUCAUUUAGACAAGGUGAGAACUUAUAAAGAAAAGUGUGGCUUUUUACAGGUUGUUCAUCAUUUGAAUGUGGCGAUCAUGUGACUAUUGUUUCCUUUCAAUUCCAAUUGAUUCAACACUUUUUUUCUUUUCAGCUUGGCAACUACUGAGUAUUGAAUUGUGCCUAUAAAUACUGGGAUACAAUAUCAUAGUAAAAUUAUUUCUAUGCUUGCAACAUUGUUUUAAAUGUGGAUUUACCAUUCAGUAAAUGAAUAU